CAUCAAAGGUAGCUAAAGAUCGUAAAGUUACUGUUGAUGAUUUUAAAUUUAUUUUAAGAAAUGAUCCGAAAAAACUUGCGCGUGUUGAAGAAUUAUUAUUUAUGGAAAAAGAUAUUAAGACUGCAAGAAAAACUUUUGACGUCAAUGAAAUUGAAAAUUAA